AUGGCAGAUGGGGGAGACAGCUCGCCGCCCAUCAAGCUUUCGCCGAGCGCUUCAAGAACUAGCUUGAAUUCAGAUGCCUCGUCGAAAACUUUAAGGAAGUCAAGCUUCCUCGGGCCGGACGAGAACGCAGCGGCGAAUUCGUUCACUCUGCGGAAUUUCACCCUACAGGACAAGCUAGAGACACAGAUCAAGAAUGAAAUAAAGAACAACAAGUCCAUCAGUUUGGAGCACACGCACAAGGCUGAAACCAACCACGAGAAGAACAAGGAUCAGUUCCCAGAUGGAGAGUCGCGCUUGCGUGACAUCACAGAGGGCAAGAGCCUUCAGCAGAAAGUCGCCAAAGAAGCGAAGGUGGUGACGAAGGGCAUUCGAGGUGGCGCUGACAAGCGCGUGCUUCUCCCAGCGGUCUUAGAGCUGCAGGGAGAGGUGCGAACCUCUCUGCAGCUGUUUCUGACGAUGACGUUCUUCUUCGUGCUGAGCGUUGCAUUUCAGCAGCACUACAGAACGUACGCGAUCCACUUGCAGGAGAAGAACCUUAGAAACCAGCUCACCGACGCAUCGCAAGACAUCUCCGAAGUAGGGCAGAUUUUUGGGUGGAUGGAGACGACCUGGUUCCCUUUUCUCUGGUCAGCUCCAAAUGCUGCAGGUCCCGAAGAGAGUAUCCUGCCCUCACGGGAGAUGUACUUGCUCGGAGGCUCUCUGCUUAAAGUCAUCAGCAGUCCAGUGGAGGAGUGCAUUUAUGUUCCUGGCGCAGAGUGUUAUGAUCAAGGUGACCGCGACAUCAAUUAUGACCCAGUGCUGAAUGGAUGGGAAGUACGGAACCGUCGGCUGAGCUCUAGCGACGAGGGGUCCGGAGAUCAAGGUGGCCCGAACUUCCUCAUGCAGCUGUACCAGCAGUGGCGCCCAGGACUGGACGCCUUCAGCUCCACAAGGUCGACGUGGCGGAAAGUGCAGGCACAAAGGGAUGCAGAAAAUGAGGAAGCUCCAAAGCGGCGAUCCCGGGCCCGCGGUCCGCCAAAGCCCCGGCGGCGGCUGCAAGGAGGCCUCGAGGUGCUGCCGCGCGAGCGCAAGCGGCGCAGCUCACGUUUUGGAUUCCGCCGGGACGAGCCGGUGAAGCAGCGACGCCUUGUUGCGACGACAUCCGUGAUCAUGGAUGGGCUGCCUGUCCCAGAUGGAGACGACAAGGCUGCCGUCAAGGUAAUUCCCAUGAGCCGGUCCGCCUCGGACGUUUCCGCGCAGUUGGCAUCUUGGCAGUUGGAAGCCAACCAGCUUCUGACCUCGAGGAGUCUUAUUUUCAGCGCCGAGACUGUGGUCAUCAACAGGCAAACGCGCAUAGCAACCCACGUGGUCGUAAACUUCUUGCUCAGCCGAGGAGGAGAAGUCUUCACGCAGGUGCGCCUACGAUCCCUUCACAUGAUCAAUUCCAUCGUAGCGAUGGUCUUUGGUGGGAUUUGGGUGUUGCUGCUGAUCGGUGCGCUGCUAGUCCUUGUUGGACGCAUCAUCAUUGCCUUCUCGAACGGCAAGGCCUCUGUGCAUUUUUCCAACCUCUCGACAUAUGUCCAGUGGAGCAUCGUAGUGAUCGGCCUUGUGGUAGUGAUCCUCAUGGCAAUGGAGCGUUGGGAGAUGCUUCGAGCAAGAGAUCUCAUGGAGGAGUACCUGGCUACCCGUCCAAACGUAAGCGCCGUGAACCUCCAAGACUUCGACAUCAGCUGGUUUACCAAGCUUCACACCGUGAUCUUCUGGGCGUCUAAGGCUGAUGGCGACAUGCUCAUCCUCAUCUCGUUGUUCCACAUCUUGCUCCUCUUCCAGUUUCUCAUAGCUUCGAAAGGCCAGCCAAGAUUGGCGCUGUUGGCGAACACGCUGGAAAUGGCAUUUCAGGACAUCCUCCAUUUGUUUGUGGUCUUCUUGUUCAUCUUCUCCGCUUUCGUCAUUGCGGGCCACAUUCUGUUUGGGUCGAAGCUUAGUGACUUCUCGACCGUCAAGGGCGCUUUCGCAAAGUCUCUGGAACAGGUGGUGUCUUUCAAGACUGACUGGGACGUGAUUACAGAGCAGGACUGGUGGACGGCAGCUAUUUGGAUCUGGUGCAUGAUCAUCGUGGUCAGUCUGGUUGUGAUCAACAUCGUCCUGGCUGUCAUCUUCGACUGCUACGGGAAGAUCCGCGCCGGCAUCACACCGGAGGAUACUCUGUGGACCACUCUGCGACGGCACAUCGUGGCAGCGCGGAACAUGUCCAGCUGGUAUACUUCCUUCGAUUUGCUGACUGGGAUCAACAAUAGCAAGUCGGAAGUCAUCACCAAGCAAGGAUUCCGGGACAUCUUCCGUGGCAUCACUGACGAGCAGGUGGAGCAAAUUUUCGACUUGGCUGAGCUGCGAGCUGUCAACGACACAAUCCGCGGCCAACCAACCCUUCUGGGCGAAGCCAUUGCCAGCAUUCUGCUGGGAGUGGAUGACAUGCGAGACGGUAUCCGCACAAUACAGGACAAACAGUUCACCAGCUACAAAGAGAUGAAGAUCUGGAUGGAGGAGAGACACGAGCCGUUGCUGGCCCCAGACACGGUUUGGGACUUGGGUCCCGCAACAUACAUCAUCACUUGCCCCUACGGCUGCGAUGUCCGCGCUCUGCCGGAUGUGAAUUCUGAGCUAAUCACCAGGCUGGCCCGGGGAGACAAAGUCGAGAUUGCGCGGACAAAGGAUUACGUCGCAGGGGAAGGUCUGCGGCGCUUGAUGGGCCAGUUGCAGGACAACGCUGGAUGGCUGCCUCUUUCGGAUCCAGAUACAGGCUAUGUUUGGGCGGAGACCUGGGAGGACCCCAGCAAGAGAGAGCCAGAUUCUGCGGGCACGUACACCAUCCUUCAUGAUGGAGCACAUCUUCGCCAGGACAUCAGUCUGUCUUCGCCCCUUGUGGGAGAGUUUCGCGAAGGGCAGAUGGUCAACGUCGUCGAAGUUGUGCUGGAGUACUUCGAUGAGGAUCAGUACGCUUCGCGCAAACGUGGGCGAGUUGCGAAUCCACCCGGCUGGAUCUCACUGGUCGAUCGGGAUUCUGGAUAUCGCUUUGCACAGCGUUUAGCUGCCCAGCUGUAG